CUAAAGGCGCACGCAAGUCUAAUAUUGCAUGCAUGCAUGCAUACGUCAAAUUAACACUCAAAAUGGCCUGUGCUGUCUUCCAAUCAAUUUUGAUGAGGUCUUUGACACAAAUCCAUCAUCAUCAUCGGCUGUAAUGCUUUAGCAUGACAUUACCAGAACGUAAGCCGGUGGAGUACUUGGGUGGAAGGAUAGUAGAAGUAGCACCGAAAGCGACCUUACCAUCAACCUCAUUCGCUUCAAUCGAAUUCCCAGCCGUAUUAACCGAUAAACCCUACCCUUCUUCAGAUCAUGAUCAACAUCCAUCUUUGGUCAAAGCGCUAGAAUCGCUUUCUCCUCUUCCAGUUGGCUAUACGAGUGCAUCUUCCGCUUUGAAACAUUAUGCUUCAUUCAUUGGUCAAGAUCGAGAACGUCCAUUAGAAUGCAAAUUAGCAUUCGCAUGCGAUUCAAAGACGCCUACCGCUGCUGCUCAUCCACGUACUACAAAUGCUCUCUUCCGACAUGCACUUGCAGGUGAUGUUGUAGACGUUCACAACGUUGUUUGCAAAAUCAGAAAGAGAACGUGGAGGCGAAAAAGGAAGGAUGGAAGUAUCGAAGAACGGAAAGAAUAUACAGCUGAUGCUAUGGGCGUUACUCGUACCGUUGCACGUUUUCGGUCUAUGCCAGAUUACGUUUACGAUCCUGGUUUGAUGGUAGAUCCACCGCUCAAGGAUGAACUUGAAGUGGCUCCUUCAUUGGCAUUGCACGAUUAUCUAAGGCAAAUGGAUGUCGAGGGCAUUCGAUCCUUCAAAUUUGACUUGGAAAAGGAGAAUUAUGAGAUCAAUGUGAACGGGCAUGGGCCGAUCAGCAACGUCAGAUUACCGCCUCCUGCCGUUUUUGACAAGACAAAGUAUGCACAUACUUAUGGUUUCCGACAGAAUCCAUCAUCUCGCUUGCUUCCCGUUGGUGCUCCAGACGAGAAUGGCCGAGUACAAUUUCGAUUCGUCAAUCGACAAAAGUAUCGUGAAUUAGCACCGAUACAAUUCAACCUGCAUGACAAGGCGGCAAAAGGGAAAAAGGUUCCAUCGGAGCCAUUGACUGCAGUGAAAGAGCGUAAACUUCCCGAUCCUGCCUUGCUCGAGAAGAUACGAGAAGCAGCACAACAAAGACCAAUGUGGUCUCGUAGAGCUUUGUUCAAUCAAUUCACGGGUGAAGAUCAAAGGUUGAUUCGUAAUCAAAGACAGUACAUCUCAAGAAUUUUCUUUACAAUCACUGAUGGCUGUUGGCGUGACAGUUUGGUUCGAUUUGGCUAUGAUCCACGCAAUGAUGUUGAAUCUCGUUUCUAUCAACGGAUGGCAUUUCAAAAGACGCAUCGGCUAGAAGCUGAUUCUGAUAUGGACGAAGAUCAUGCAGAGGAACGUGAUAACGGAAAUGGAAGUUUUGAGCGAGAAUCACGCUCGCCUACGCAGCCUAGACGAGCUCGGCCAAGUGCUUUACCUACUGCCAACGCUGAUUCUCGUUCACACAUCUUUGAUGGUGUGACAUCCAAGCCAGAUGCGGGCACGUUUAUGCUCAUCGAUAUAGAGGAUGAGAUUGUCAAAGAAUUGAUCUAUGCGGAAGGCGAUGAAGUGAUCGCCAAAGAAGUUUCUCUUCAAUCAGGCUGGUACACUCCAGCACAUUAUCAAAAGAUUCACGAUGUCUUGGAACACAGGUUGACAAAGCUUAUGAGAACAGGAAGGCAGGCUACGCGAGAGUCGUGCGAGGCCAUCAUACAGCGAUAAGAGAUCAGAAACGCAAAUGUCAUGCAAUUCGACAAA